AAAUAUACAUUUAUGGCGACAUAAAUGUGUGACGUUUAAUUCUAAAUCUUCAUUCAUUUAAAUCGUUCAUGAUUUUACACAACCAUGACAAUUUUCUCGUAUGUUUUAAAUGAUUUUGUAUGCAUUUAAUGUACAAGAUCUCAGCAAUUUCGAAGGCGUGAUGCUCUUUCUCCGUAAUCUCCACCCAUUUCAUGAGGUGUGAUGGAUGCCAGCCAAACGAAUUGAGAGCGCACACCAGUGAGUCCACCGCACCCACCAGAUCAGCGUUCCCGAAUCAUCUCAGCACACAUCGCGUUUUAUCUAGACAGUUAUUCGGGCUAUCGACACAGAAGCACGGAGCGGUCGAUGGAAAAGGCGAGAAGAUGAUACUGUGAAGAGGGUAGACAUGGAAACCCGACGCUGAGUUCCUUUAAUUCUGACCGUAAGACACAAUGGCCAAACAGUACGAUGUGCUGUUUAGACUCUUGCUUCUCGGAGACUCCGGUGUCGGAAAAACCUGUUUAUUAUGCAGAUUCACGGACAAUGAAUUUCAUCCCUCACACAUUUCCACAAUCGGUGUCGAUUUCAAAAUGAAGACUUUAGAGAUCGACGGCAUAAAAGUACGAAUACAGAUAUGGGACACAGCAGGCCAAGAGAGAUAUCAGACCAUCACUAAACAGUACUACAGAAGAGCACAGGGCAUCUUUCUGGUGUAUGACAUCACAAGUGAGCGCUCAUUUCAGCACAUCAUGAAGUGGGCCAGUGAUGUAGAUGAGUAUGCCCCUGAAAAGGUGCAGAAGAUACUUGUCGGGAACAAGUCUGAUGAAGAACAAAAGAGACAGGUAGCAACAGAACAGGGAAAUAAGCUUGCCAAAGCUUAUGGGAUGGACUUUUUUGAGACAAGUGCCUUUACCAACCAAAACAUUACAGAGUCUUUCACACGAUUGGCUGAAUUAGUGUUACAAGCCAAUAAGAAGGAUCUUGAUUUGUUGGGAGGCUCCAUUAAUGACGAGUUCAGUCUCGCUGAUUUGGAGGAGCAGGAAGGAUUGUGCAAUGCUGGCGACAACACCCGUAAGUCCUGCUGGUGCUGAAGACGGGAAGUGACACGACCACCCUUUCACAUGAUAUAUUUUUCCGUAUUUAUGUUGCAUUUUGAAUAUCCUUUUGAAUAAUUACAUAUUCCUGUUAAACGGUGUUUGAUGCAUUUCAUGGCUUAUUUAUUAUUGCUUGUUAUUAUUUAAUAUGAAUAACUAUUUAUUUUACUGUUAAUAAAUAUAAAUUAAGCUGAAA